AUGCCGACGACAUCAUUUCCUGAUCGGCGCGCUGCUGAUCGAAAAUGCCGUGGCGGCAAGCUAUCGCCGAUUGUUGCUGGUCGAACCGGAUCUGGCGAACGGUGCGAUGGCGGCGCGGCGCAUCUGGCCGAUCCCAUCUAUCAUGGCGGGGUGAUCCGCGCUGCUCGACGACCGUGCCGCCACGACGCCCGCGGUCGAUGCGAUGCUCGGCCGCAUCGGCACGAUGCUCGCCACGCUCGACGGCACGCAAGGCAGCGACCAGAUCCUGCCCGGCGGCGAUACGAACAGCUCCAACCUGCUCGACGCGGAAGGACGCCCCAUCCCUUUACCCGCACCGAUCGGCAGGUGCUGAACGCGCCGGCCUCUCCGCCACGGGCCGGGCGGGUUCCCUGCCCCAAGGCGCGGUCGGCAUCGCAUGAUGGGCAACGGCACACAGCGUCUCACCCCCGGCGGUACAGGGCAAAAUCCCAUCCAUCGCUGGGCCAGGCGUUCAGCACGAUCCGCCCGCCCCGUCCGUGA